AUGCAGGAGAUGAUGCGAGGGCUGCAGGAGCGCCAUGCUGCGUCACAUGCUCAGUUUGAAGCCACCGAAGGGAAACUCACGCGGAGUCUACGCGCGCACAAUCGGAUUGAAAAGAAACUCAAGAUGAUUGCGGCGAUUCUGCUGCGCGAGGACGAUGGCGAGCAAGACGUCGACGUGGACCGAGGUUCAUCAGAAACGGAUGGAGCCGAUGCAGGACUGGACGAUGGCGGCACAGACGUUCCGAUGGCAGAUGACGGGAAGGCUCCAAGUCGUGCCGGGGAUGCUGACGAUGAUCUGAAUGGCGCUAACCCAAUUGUCAAGGGCCUGUUGCCAACAACAAAGACACUUGACCGCCAUAUCAAGAUCCUGAUCCACACUACCGAUCACAAGCUGUACUUUGGCCAGUGGAAGCGUAAGCUGAACCACAAGAGUACGGUGAAGCGCCUGCGCACGUCGUUCGAGGAGUUGUUGCCGAGAUUGAUGGGCGCUCGAGACUAUGGAGGUGCUGCAAAAGUACUGGAGGUGAUGUAUCACCGCUUUACGGUAACUCCGGCGUUGUGCAUUGAGGCAAGUCUUGAGAUUUUACGUCGACAACCAGACUACCGUAAUGGUCUGCUGAGCUUCUACGAGGCUGCAUUGAAUGUUGAGCGUAUCGAUCUGGAGGAAGUUGAGAAUGACGCGAGUUUACUUGCAAAUUUCGGAAUUUUGUGCUACUGGCUCAUGUUUAUUGAGUCAAAAGAGCUCCGUGAUAUGCUAAAGCAUGAAGAUGUGGACUACGCGGACGACGAAGACGAAGAGGCAGAGUUGAAUGGCAGUGAGGCUUACGCAAGUGAGAACCUCGAGUCGGUGAUCGAGUCAAAUUACUUGUUUAAGACGCCCAUUGGAGUCCACAUCCUGUAUCAGCACGCGAGCAAUGCAUUGAGACGUGCAGUGGCGUUGAGUCCGAACACGGCUAUGUUUGUCGAGUAUUAUGUUCAGCUCCUAGUUCUUGUGGGGGACAUUCAGCCAGCAUGCGAUCAUUUAGAGGUUUUCUAUCACAUGAAUCCUGAAGAUCCGCAUGGGCCAAGAAUGAUCAGCUCACGCUGUUUCCCCCAGCUUGCACGGUUCUUAGGGUGCUACUAUCCGGAUUCGGUGGAUGCUCAGGUCGCUGUGUUCACCAGAUGGAUGAAGGACGAUCCUACUUGUGGCUAUCCUUUGGAAAAGAUGCUGGAAUUGUCUAGCGCUGGCGUAGUGUCAUCCUUCGUGCUCACAACUGUCCUAGUUGAAGCGCUUGACACCUGCGGCAGUGAUAUAUACGUCGCUCAGACCCCGAACGUGUCUUUGGCUUUGUGGAGGAAUCUGGCCGAGCUGCUGACAGCAAUGGACGAGGGUGAAUUUUUACUCGACGGAAGAGCGACUGAUCCGUCGAAUCAAGUGACACUUGCAGAUGUGGGCUCACACCACUUGUGGUGGAAACGCGUUUAUUUCGCCAGACCAAGCACAGCGCAGGAAGUCGUAGCAAUGUCCAGACAGGAUGGUGCGUUCAUGGAGGUAGCUAUUUACCGCGCUGCUGUAGCAGAUCGGCUUUUCCCUGGCCUUCUCCCAUUGACAGAGGCUCUGCGCUCUGCAAUGACAUCACUCAACGUGAGAUUUAGUCGCGAACAUGUUCGUCUGUUUGAAAGAAUGACAGCAAGCACGGCGGACCACACACGGCUUCAUACAGUGUCGUUUACCCAUGUGGUUGUUGAGGAGGAAAACAAUCAGGAGAAUCGGCCUCUGCCAGUUUUUAAAGGGAGCUCCGACACUGUGCACGUGAUCGACCGAAAGUCAAUUGUGAAAAAAGAGACUGCUGGCGAGAAGACAGAGGUAGAAGUAAAUCGAGAAUGCAACACUGACGAUGUUGAUGCGCAGUUUGUGGAAGAACUCUACGAAGUUCUGGAACUGGAAGUUGAAUGCUCAAGUGCCCAUGGCACACAGUCCACAAGAAAGCGCAAGGCUGAUGCCAUCUCUACUUCAAAUCCUAUACUCAUGCCGGCGUUCAUUGGAAUGGUCGAGGAAGAGGUCUUUAAUAACCCAGAUGCAUCUCUGCCUCACAUCUACUCGACGAUAUACCAGAAACUGCGUCGCACGGAUAUGCUGGUGCCUACAUCAAAAGUCGUGGCGCUCUGCGUGGAUUUCUUUCGAAGACGAUUGAAGAGCGGAGGCAUGUUGAUACGAUACGAAGAAUUCGUCCUUUCAUUUAUGCGUCGUCAAAGAGACAAGGCUACAUUCGAGACCACAACGGACGUUGCAAAGAGAGCAAUUGGGGAGAUGAUACGUGUGUGGCCCAACCCACCUCCGUAUUUUCCGGAUGAAAAGCUUGUCCAAGAGAUAAUGCGCCGUAAAGUACCGACGUUGUCACGGGAACGGAGACUUCAGCUGAUGGAGCUCAAGAAAACACUUCAGCCUGUCCUCAGGGAGCUCAAGUACGUCAAGGAAAAAGAGUUUGCGGCUGUGGUAUAUUCAGUCUGCAAGCAGAAUGGACGACUGGGUGUGUUGAACCAGUUCGACAUUGCGCAUGCAGUGCAGAUGAUGCUACCGAUGCAUUACGUCCGAGAGCUUCAGAGGGUGCCAUCUUACUUACUGGACAUCAUCACUUCACCUACAUUCCGGAUGGGCUGCAACACUGUGGAAGAGAUCCUUGAAAAGCUGAAGACGAAAAAAGUGAAAAAGUCGCCGGUUGAAGAGGUCAAAACGCUCUUGUGGGUGGAGAAGUAUGAGGCUCUCUGUGGCCCCAUCACCGGUGGCGAGAAUGAAAGUGGCAGUGGCAAUGCUACUGAUAGCGAUAGUGACAGCCGUGUCAGCGACGAGGAGACUGAAGGUGGCAACGACAGUAACUAGACCACUGCCAACAGCAGGAGCAAUCAUUAACCAGUAGUAUUACUGUGGGAUCUUUACAGUCUU